AUGGCACAGCAGAGAUGGAAGAAGAGCACCUCCAAGGCAGAGAAACUACAUUUAUUUGGCAAUAAAAAGCAAACAGAGCCUGGGGACCUGCGGGCCUGGUCCCAAGAUGGUGGCGCCAGCACAGACGGCCUUGAUUUUGCCGCUCUGGCGGAGAGCGACCCAGACCUUGAUAAGCUUACUAAAAGCCACCUGCAACAACCGCUAGACGCAAUGUCACAAAAGCUGAUCACCUCCUGGCAGCACUCGAUGGACUCGCUCCGAAAAGACGUACAAGAACUUGGUAAACAGACCUCCCACGUGGAGUCCAAGAUGGAGGACUUCACCUUCGCGCACAAUGACUUGGCCACCCACGUGAAACACAUUGAACAGAAACUUACCACAAUGGAGAUGAAGCACACAGACCUCGAGGACAGAGCACGCAGGAACAACUUGCGCAUCAGAGGGAUUCCAGAAACUGUACUGCCGGAAAACCUGCAGGUCUAUGUUAGAGGUCUUCUUCAGGCACAUGCCCCUGACAUUCUGGCAGGCAUGCUCCUCAUUGUAGAGUGCACUGGCUGCCACGACCACAGUUCCUACCUGACACUGCCCCACGGAAUGUGCUAA